GGCCGGGGGCCAUGUGACAGCGCGACUUCUGCCUUCAAGCCACCGAAGGGGAAGGGGCCACACUUUCCCCGCUGCUCCGGCUGCCGCUGAGGGCGCGGCUCGGCGGGAGAAGCGCGGCCCGUGCCCCGCCACAGGUGCAGCCGGCGCCCGGAGCGACAGCGCCGGCCCUCACAGAGGCGAGAUGCCCCGGCAGUUUCCCAAGCUGAACAUUUCCGAGGUGGAUGAGCAGGUACGGCUCCUGGCAGAGAAGGUGUUUGCCAAAGUCCUGCGAGAAGAGGACAGCAAGGAUGCCUUGUCACUCUUCACUGUGCCUGAAGACUGCCCUAUUGGGCAGAAGGAGGCCAAGGAGAGGGAGCUGCAGAAGGAGCUGGCAGAACAGCAGUCUGUGGAAACAGCUAAAAGGAAGAAGAGUUUCAAGAUGAUUAGAUCCCAGUCUUUGUCAUUACAAAUUCCACCUCAGGAAUGGAAAGCACCACCAGCCAAACCUGUCCUGUCUCCUGCAACGCCAGUUCUUCCAAGUGCUUUUGUGCCAGUCCAAGUGCCAUAUGAUGUACCAGAAUUCCAGAGAGUUUCAAUUAGUGGGGACUACUGUGCAGGGGUUACAGUUGAUGACUAUGAACAAGCUGCCAAGAGCCUGGUGAAAGCUCUCCUCAUCCGAGAGAAGUACUCACGCCUUGCCUACCAUCGCUUCCCAAGAACAACAUCUCAGUACCUGUGCAGCAUGAGGGAUCAAAAAUGGAAGGUUGAAGAUGAGGUGUACCCAGAUUUCCAUUCACCCCCAGAAGAAAAUGAAGAUCCUUAUAAUCUGGAUGAUGCUCCAGACAAUUUGGAUUAUGUUAUCAAGCUGAAAGGUGGCAUUCCCUUUGUUUAUGAUAGCAAAGAGAUGAUGGAGCUCAAUGAGCCUCGGAGUUUGCCAUAUCCUGACCUGCAGACCUACACCCUUGACCUGAGCCACGUUCUUGCUCUAAUUGCAGAUGGCCCAACAAAAACAUAUUGUCAUCGGAGGCUUAACUUUUUAGAAUCUAAAUUUAGCUUACACGAGAUGUUAAAUGAGAUGUCGGAAUUUAAAGAACUGAAGAGUAAUCCCCAUCGAGACUUUUAUAAUGUGAGAAAGGUUGACACUCAUAUCCAUGCUGCUGCCUGCAUGAACCAGAAGCACUUACUGAGGUUUAUUAAGCACACCUAUCAAACGGAGCCCGACAGGAUUGUUGCAGAGAAAAAAGGCAAGAAGAUGACUUUAAAGCAAGUCUUCGAAAGUCUUCACAUGGACCCCUAUGACCUCACUGUAGACUCUUUAGAUGUCCAUGCAGGACGUCAAACAUUCCAUCGAUUUGACAAAUUCAAUUCCAAGUACAAUCCAGUUGGUGCCAGUGAGCUGAGGGACUUGUAUUUGAAGACUGAGAACUAUAUUGGUGGUGAAUAUUUUGCUCGUAUGGUCAAGGAAGUAGCCCGUGAACUAGAAGAAAGUAAGUACCAGUACACAGAACCCCGCUUAUCCAUUUAUGGACGGUCUCCAGAUGAAUGGCUGAACUUGGCAAAAUGGUUCAUUAAGCAUAAAGUUUAUUCCCCUAAUAUGCGCUGGAUAAUUCAGGUUCCCAGAAUCUAUGACAUAUUUAGGUCCAAAAAUAUUCUGCCUAGCUUUGGGAAGAUGUUGGAGAACAUCUUUGUACCUUUAUUUGAAGCAACAAUCAAUCCCAAAGACCACAAAGAAUUGCACCUAUUCCUCAAAUAUGUGACUGGCUUUGACAGUGUGGAUGAUGAAUCCAAACACAGUGGCCAUAUGUUCUCUGACAAGAGCCUUAACCCUGACCUCUGGACCAGUGAGAAGAAUCCCCCAUAUAGCUAUUAUUUGUAUUAUAUGUAUGUCAACAUCAUGUUGCUAAACAACCUUAGAAGGGAAAGAGGCAUGUGCACCUUCCUGUUUCGACCUCACUGUGGAGAAGCUGGGUCUAUCACACACCUUGUUUCUGCCUUUCUGACAGCAGACAACAUCUCUCAUGGAUUGCUCCUGAAGAAGAGUCCUGUCCUCCAGUAUCUGUAUUAUCUUGCACAAAUACCCAUUGCUAUGUCCCCACUUAGUAACAACAGCCUAUUCCUGGAGUACUCCAAAAAUCCGCUACGGGAAUUUCUCCAUAAGGGCCUGCGCGUCUCCCUCUCCACAGAUGAUCCUAUGCAGUUUCAUUACACAAAGGAAGCUCUCAUGGAAGAAUAUGCUAUUGCAGCCCAGGUGUGGAAACUAAGCACGUGUGACUUGUGUGAAAUAGCAAGAAACAGUGUUCUACAGAGUGGAUUGUCAGAUAAGGAAAAGCAGAAAUUCUUAGGGGUGAAUUAUUGCAAGGAAGGGCCUGAAGGAAAUGACAUUCGAAAGACAAAUGUUGCCCAGAUCCGGAUGGCCUUCAGGUACGAGACUCUGUGCAAUGAACUCAGCUUCCUGGCUGAUGCCAUGAGAACAGAAGAUAUUUCUACUCUGGCCAAGUAGUAACAAACUCAGAGAAACCAGUAUAUGUUCCUCUUAAGCAGGAUAAGAUGCUAAUUAACCUCAAACCACCUGUCUUUGAUGCUACAGAGACAUAACUGAACAGUACAGAGACAAAGGGAGUAUCUGUGGAAGGUAAACAGUGUUUGCCGUCACCUGUUACUGCGUUAUUCUCGUUACAAAGAUUUCAGUUUCUACCAACAUUAGGCUUUUUAAGAUUGCUGUAAAUAUUAAAUGCAAACUCAGAAUCAUGUACUAUUUGUUUCAUACUGUCUUAACUGUGCCCUGCUGUGUAGUCUGGGAAACCAGAGAGAGUAUCUGUAGAGCAGCUGUGCUGUGCACUUGAAGAUCCUGCAGAUGCUGACAGCAUGCACCCACCUGGGUUGGUCCUGCAAGUCCCAAUACCAGUCAUGGCUUUUAACACUUUUAAGUUUAACCCUUUUUUUUCAUUAGCAUUUUUUAUGGGGUGCAGAAUUUUGAGGCUACCCUUUCAUUCUGGAAGGUGUUCUGACACAGUUUUUAACUCAAUGUUUCAGCAGUUACAUUGGAAAACAAGAAAAGCCAACAUCGGGUAAUCUUGUUCAAUGACUAAUUAAUUCCUGUUGUUAUGUAUGAUGUCAGUGAAGAACAGCAGAUGAAUGCUUUUUAAUCUAGCAAAUGGAAAACAUCAUGUCAAAAUCACUAUUAUAGAUUGUAAUGAGUCCAAUUAUAUCAAGAAAAUUUUGCCUUGAAAGUUGAGAAGACUUUUUUAUUGCUUUGUAAUGAGAAUAUGUGGAUAUGCCCAUUCAAAUUACUUAGAAAUUUAUGCAGAUAAUUCUGGUUGCAUGUAAAGAGAAUUUUUUUACUUGAAAAAGGGAAGUGUUCUUAUGAAUCAGUGGUAGAAAUGCCAGACCUGGUUCUGGUCCUACUUCUGACAUAUUUUUACACAUUUGUUUUAGUCUGUAUUUUAGUCAACUACAGCUGAAUGGGAAGUCAAGCUGUCUAUUUAUACAGAAGCCAGCCCACUUGAAAUCUGUCAUUUCAAAUCAUGGUAUGUUAUGUUAAACUAUUUAUUUAUGAGGAAGUGGUUAGUAAAAUACAGCUACUGGAGUAUUUAUCACUUUCAGCCUUCUUUCGGUUUCAUCAUCUUUAUGACACAGUACUUCAGAAAGGAUUAAAGGUGAUAACAUGAUGGCAGCUAUGUACUGUAGAAGCUGCACACAGUUUCACACCAAAAAAGACUCGAGGCUGCAGAAGCAGAGGGUGUGGAUGCCUGUGAGUCCAGCAGAGCAACUCAGUUCAAAGGCCUGCAGUCCCUGAGGCAGGUCUGAGCCCAGGGUUAGACCCCUGCUCUCUAAGAUCCUGCACAGGGACACUGGGCUUCUUCAAACAGGCAUUCAGCAUUAAUGCAUAAAAAGCCAGUAACUGAUACUAGCCCAUCAAGGUUCACCUGACUUUGAGCCCUGCAUGUUGUGCUCAGCCAGAUGUCUUGUGCCACUUCUAUUUCCUAGGCCAGGCCCUUCUCCUGAGCAAGGAAAUGGCACUAAAGUCGGGGAAGGAUGAAUUCCUUAUCGCCUCCUAUAGCUGUGCAGCCUUGCAAGAACACCCCAAGAGAGAGAUAAACCUAAAGAUGUCAGGAAUCAGCCUGGAAUUAAGGCUGCUCUGAGAGGAGUACAAGGCACAAGAGGGAGAGCUCUGGCCAUCCACUUAGCAUCACAGUUAGCCAAUGUCAUGCAGAGGGAGCUGCACUGAUUGCAGAGGCUUUUCAUCCAAAACCAGGGCUGCAGACAGGUGAUGGGAAUUUGACUUCUGCUCUUCAGUGCCCCAGCCUAAUGACUGCAAUGUGCCACAUUUUGUGUUCCUUCUACUCCUAAAAUCAUGUGAAACCACAUUAUGCUGUCCAGCUGUAUGAGAGUAAAAUAUUCCCAAGUUCUGUCAGCAGCCCCUGUCAGCCUCACUGUUGGGAACUUUAGCAGCUCACAGAAUGCAGUCUCAGGAUUGGUGUCAUUUGUUUAGGAUGAAGUCUGAGAAAGUGGUUUAAGCUGUUCAGCUGCAUCAAAUGCAAAUGUCUUGUUUUCAUCAGUACAACUUCCUAAUAAACUGUUAUCAACAUAACAUUAUUUGGGAAAAACAUCUGCAUCCAGGCUAAAUAAGCAACAUGCUUGGUAUGAAAAAUUUCAGUUUUAAGUAUUUCCAUCUGAUGAACAUUGCUUUACUUGGGUAGUUUCACCUAUUAGUGCUGCUUUUGUUGUCGCUUACAUGUUUUUUUUAGUUUCCUUAAAAUUACACCAAAUUUGUGUAUAUAUUUAAUACAUUUUCAGCUUUCC